AUGUCUUCCAUGCGCGGGUUGGUCCAGUUCAUAGCUGAUCUACGGAAUGCCCGGGCUAGAGAACUGGAGGAAAAGCGCAUCAACAAGGAAUUGGCCAACAUUCGGCAGAAGUUCAAAGAUGGAAGUUUGAACGGCUAUCAGAAGAAGAAAUACGUCUGCAAACUUCUAUACGUCUACAUACAGGGCUACGAUGUUGAUUUUGGACAUUUGGAGGCCGUCAAUUUGAUAUCUGCGACGAAAUACUCGGAAAAGCAGAUAGGGUAUUUGGCUGUUACCCUUUUCCUUCACGAGCAGCAUGAAUUGCUCCAUUUGGUGGUGAACAGUAUCCGGAAAGAUUUGCUGGACCACCAUGAGUUGAACAAUUGCCUAGCGUUGCACGCGGUUGCGAAUGUUGGUGGCAGGGAGAUGGGCGAAGCCUUGAGCGGUGAUGUGCAUCGUUUGUUGAUUUCUCCUACUUCAAAGGCAUUCGUCAAGAAGAAAGCGGCUCUAACGCUUCUCCGGUUAUAUCGUAAAUACCCUGGGAUUGUACAGCAGGAAUGGGCUGAGCGCAUCGUAUCAUUGAUGGACGAUCCAGACAUGGGAGUGGCUCUCUCUGUCACCUCUCUAAUUAUGGCUCUUGUACAGGAUAAUCCCGAUCAGUACAAGGCAAGUUAUGUCAAGGCAGCUCAAAGACUGAAGAGGAUCAUCAUCGAUCAUGAUGUUUCCCAGGACUAUAUUUAUUACAACGUGGGGUGCCCUUGGAUGCAGGUGAAAUUAUUGCGACUGUUGCAGUAUUACCCUCCCUCUGAGGAUGUCCAUGUGAGAGAUCUCAUAAGACAAAGCAUUGAACAAAUCAUGAACUCGGCCAUGGACAUGCCCAAAAAUGUGCAACAAAAUAACGCCCAAAACGCUGUGCUAUUUGAGGCCAUAAACCUGCUAAUCCACCUCGAUACUGAACACGCACUAAUGAUGCAAAUUUCCUCCCGGCUGGGGAAAUUUAUCCAAUCCCGGGAGACAAACGUACGGUACCUUGGAUUGGACGCAAUGACACAUUUUGCCGCGAGAGCAGAGACCCUGGAUCCCAUACAGAAGCAUCAGAGUAUAAUACUUGGAUCGUUGCGGGAUCGAGAUAUCAGUGUCCGGCGAAAAGGACUGGACCUUCUGUACAGCAUGUGUGAUACCACAAAUGCGCGGCCAAUUGUCAAUGAGCUCCUCAAGCAUCUUCAGAGUGCCGAUUUUGCCAUUCGUGAGGAGAUGGUCCUUAAAAUUGCCAUUUUGACAGAAAAGUAUGCCACGGACGCACAGUGGUAUAUCGACAUCUCGCUCAAAUUGUUAUCCGUGGCUGGUGACCAUGUCAGCGACGAAGUCUGGCAGCGGGUUGUUCAAGUAGUUACAAACAACGAAGAGCUUCAGGCUUAUGCCGCGCAGCAUAUAUUAGGCUAUAUCAAAGGCGAGUGCCAUGAUAGUUUGGUGAAAAUUGGAGGCUAUAUCUUGGGAGAGUUUGGCCAUCUGAUCGCGGACAACAAGGGCUGCUCACCCAUCGAACAGUUUCUGGCACUGUAUUCAAAGAUGGCAUUUUGCUCCGAUAACACUCGCGCCUUACUCCUCUCCUCCUUUGUCAAGUUUGUAAAUCUCUUCCCUGAGAUCAAACCGCAAAUUCUCCGGGUGUUCCAAGUAUACAGCCACUCCCCUGAUUCAGAGAUGCAACAGCGAUCUUACGAAUACCUUAUGCUUGCUACGCUUCCCACCGACGAUCUUCUUCGUACCGUUUGCGAUGAGAUGCCACCAUUCUCGGAAAGAAUAUCCGUGUUAUUAUCCCGACUCCAUCAGAAGAGCUCUGGAACGAGUGACAAGCGAACUUGGGUGGUAGGGGGCAAAGAUGCCAACGCAGACGAUAAGGAGUUUUUGUUAACACAAAAUACCGGGUUAAAACGCACUUUCACAUCUAUUGCAAAUGGGUCAGUUAGUGCUCAGCAGACAGGGGCAAAGGGCACAACUUCGAAUGACCUCGAAGGUUUGGAUUUCGCUUCACCCAGUGAACCGUUGCCUAACCUGGCCAGUGCAGCCCAUCUAUCUCCAGAUUGGGAACCUGGAUUUAACAGGCUCUUCUUCGCCACUGAGGGAGUGCUAUUUGAAGAUGCUCAGAUUCAAAUUGGACUCCGUUCCGAAUACCGAGCUCAUCUUGGUGUCUGCAAGCUCUAUUUUGCCAAUAAAUCGGCUUAUUCUAUCGGAUCUUUCACGAUAACGCUUGAUAACCCUUCGCCUGAAAAUCUGAAGAUCGAUACCAAGGACAUACCUGAUCCGGAUGUUGCCGCGUCGGGCCAAACCCACCAGACCGUCUGUUUCGAGUGCCUGGGUCCGUUUACCAAGGCGCCGACGAUCCGAAUCUCAUAUCUCGCAGGUGCACUGCAGGCGUAUACCCUGCAACUGCCUAUACUAAUGCAUAGAUACAUUGAAGCCUCGUCCCUAACAUCAGAUGAUUUCUUUAAGCGUUGGCGACAAAUUGGCGGAGACCCCUUGGAAAGUCAAUCAACAUUUGGACUCACGAAAAAGGGUCGUCCACUGAGCGAAAGAGACCUCCAAUCGAUUGUCGAGAGUUUCAAAUGGAAGAUACUCACGAAUGUUGACCCAAAUCAAAAGAAUCUUGUUGGAUGUGCGGUUUACCAGACUCAAAGUUCAAAGACAGGAUGUCUGUUGAGGCUCGAGCCUAACUACGAGAAACAGAUGUACCGUAUCACCAUUCGGGCGACCCAAGAGGAUGUUCCGCGGGCGUUGGUCAAGUUAAUGGAAGACAGAAUCUCCCGAGGCGCUGUUGGUGACAUCUUCAGCGACUGA